GGUUCUACCCCGCAACGUCCAAACGCGGAAACGGAACCGAGAGCACCGCACCUCACCUCGAAACCUCGUCGUGGACAUCAGGGUCGAAAUGUUCCAUCCAGAAUCCACGCUUUGUCAAGGGACGAAGCUUCAACAGCGACAAUUAUCUUGGUUGACACCAGCUAUAUGGCCCCUACAAUUGGUACUCUCAUAUCGCCUGCCUCCCGCCGAACCAGCCUCGACCCCUUGCCACCAAGAUGCAGCAUCAUGCCAGCGCAGACCGGCCUUAACUGCACUCUCAGUGUCCCUUCCUUCAUUAUUUAUUGCCGUCUCCAGGCAGCAUCCUCUUCGACUAAACGGCGGAGUCAAAAGCUCCUUCUCUCCUUCUCGAGGAAAGCUUCUCCACCACCUGUACAUUUGUAGUAUAGGCAAGAUUCGUUCUAAAAGUACAACAGCCACAACCUCGUACAUUCCUGCGGAAAUGGUGAGCACUGCGCCAAGAACAUCGGGCUGACCACUAUCACCUACCAAUAUAGGAAAAUGUGCCCCCGCUCUGCUGCCCUACCGUUCAAAAGGCUGUCAGACGUCAGACACUGCACUAAGAAGAGUAGUUCCGUCUUCUAUCAGGAACCGGGAAAGGAAUAUGCGUGGAUCCCAUGCUCUUUCUAAAUCCCGGACCCCGCGCCAAUCUUUCGCGAAGUAUUCC